UGCAAGCUGGCCUGCCCCACACAUGGAUAAACUCUGCUGGGAAAUAGGCCUGACUUCCGGACCUGUGGGGUGUGGAAGCCAGCAUGGAGAUCUUUUUCUCAAGAGCUGUAUAUCUCCUGCAUUCGUAAUCCCCAGUGUUAUGGAGAGCACCACGUGGACUUUAAAUAUUUCAUGUUUGAUCUUCAUACCAGCAUUCCGAGGCUGACUUGUUAUUAACGUCCUCCUUUUACAAUGAUGAACCAUGAGGCUCCUGGGGACUGUGGUUUGCCCGAGGCUACCCAGAUUCCAUUGCACUCCUUCUUACCUUAAUCCAGCAGUCAAUUUUGCCAUUUUAUCUUUUCCUUUUCUGUCUGUCCUGAGAUAGAUGUCCUGUCUCUGAGACACCGCUCCUCAGCUGUCCCAUGAUCUCAAACAACAUGCUAAGAAGGGUCAGUAAUUAUGUACACGCACCCGAGGCGAUUACUUCUCCUUCCUGAAUUUGGGUUGUCACCACAUCUUAUCUAUUUACUUUUAAAUACUAGUUUCACUUUUUCUUGCCUGAAGUCACCACCAUGCCCUGAAGUAGUGGGAAAGGCAGAGCUCUCGAAUUAGCGGUCAAAUUUCAGCUGCGUUUGCAUGGAGUCAAAACAGCUGUCCAAUUUUGUGGGACCAAAUAUCAACCACAUCACUUUGGGUCAUGACUUGAGAAUAUAACUUUCAACUGUUGAUAGUGGGUUAAAAAGAUGCAACCUUAGUAAAAGCUAUACUUUUAAACAAUGUAUGAGCCAAACAGAUAGAAACAGAUAACAAAUGAUUGUUCCAGAAGAGCUGGGAUGUCACCAGAUGGGAUUGGGUCUCUGGCAUCAAUGCCAUACUGUCCCUUCCUAAGGUCCCCAACAGCACUGCCACAGGCACAGCGUGACAAACCACUGACACCUCAUUCUCAUCAUCAUAACCAACUGACCUAUCUCCAUUUGCCCUUCAUGGCCAGCAUGUAACUUCCCCCUGCCACUCAUCUCCUGGGUGCCCGUGAUGCUCGGGGAGGAAUGAUGCUAUUUCUAGGGGUCAGCUGGUGGUGGGCUGGGGAGGCCUCAGCAUCACUUACGUCUGCUUAGUGUUCCAUUUGCUUGGCCGUGGGCUUGCCAAUGAACGACUAAUAGCUUCCAAGCACGCUUCUCAGUUUCUGGAGGUGUUGGAGUGUGACAAGGCAAAUGAGUGUUCAAGGUUCAAGUAACACUGUCUUCCCUGUUACCUCUGCCACUGCAAGCCAGGAUUUUAAUCUAGUCACCUGACAGCAUUGCUGACAUUACGAAUCACUUGCUCUCAUUCCUAAUGGAUGCUUUAUCCCAUAUGCUCAUAACUACACAUCAUCCUUAAUGGCCGGAAGUCAACCAACUGUGAACUUGCCUGGCACUGCCGAAUUACCUCAUUCAGCUUAAUCUGAAACUUUGUUUUCCUUGAAGGGUUUCCACACACUUUAUGUCACAACAGCCUGGAGAGCGAGGUUGGGGUGGUGUUAGUGCCCUCACUUAACAUGUAGGGAAACGGAAACAGAGCUGGGUGAGGGAGUUGGUAAGCACAGGGCUUGAACUUGUUAUCCACUCCAUCUGAUUGAAAACGACCACCUUUUGGAGGCCUGCACAGACCCUGGCACAGAGGCCACCCUCGCUGGGUUGUUUGCUCUGCCAUCUCCAUGGCAAGCUUCUGCGAAGUCUUGCUACAGUAGCUGACUCUUCGCUGUUCUCAUUUCUGCUACAGUAGCUGACUCUUCGCUGUUCUCAUUUCUGCUCACCCGCUCUUUUCUGGGAGUACCAAAAGGCUCCUAGAAGUGCAGGAGUGGGUUGGGAGAUGGCUGUGAGCUGGGCAUGUAGAGAAGACAGUGGAACUCAACAGAAAAACAGAUAUGUUUUUGACCGUUACUGCCCCGUAGGAGGAAACUGGGUCUUACUUUCUGAAGAAAUUGAUGAUGCAAUGCGUAGCUUUGCUGAAAAAGUAUUUGCCUCAGAAGUCAAAGAUGAGGGAGGUCGGCACGAGAUCUCCCCCUUCGACGUGGAUGAGAUCUGCCCAAUUUCCCUUCGUGAGAUGCAGGCCCACAUAUUCCACAUGGAGAACCUGUCCAUGUCCAUGGAUGGCAGGAGGAAAAGGCGCUUCCAAGGACGGAAGACUGUUAAUUUGUCCAUUCCGCAAAGUGAAACGUCUUCUACCAAACUGUCCCACAUUGAAGAAUUUAUUUCUUCAUCCCCGACCUAUGAGAGUGUGCCUGACUUCCAGAGGGUGCAGAUCACUGGUGACUAUGCCUCUGGGGUAACUGUUGAAGACUUUGAGGUGGUUUGUAAAGGUCUCUAUCGGGCUUUGUGUAUACGAGAGAAAUACAUGCAGAAGUCAUUCCAGAGGUUCCCCAAGACCCCCUCCAAGUACCUGAGGAACAUCGACGGCGAAGCUUUGGUAGCAAUCGAAAGCUUCUAUCCAGUAUUUACCCCUCCUCCGAAGAAGGGAGAAGACCCCUUUCGCAGAGAAGACCUUCCCGCAAACCUGGGCUAUCACCUCAAGAUGAAGGGUGGUGUGAUUUACAUCUACCCUGAUGAAGCAGCAGCCAGCAGAGAUGAGCCCAAGCCCUACCCUUACCCAAAUCUGGAUGACUUCCUGGAUGACAUGAAUUUUUUGCUUGCUCUAAUUGCACAAGGGCCUGUGAAGACUUACACUCACCGCCGUCUGAAGUUCCUCUCCUCCAAGUUCCAGGUCCAUCAGAUGCUGAAUGAGAUGGACGAGCUAAAGGAGCUGAAGAACAACCCCCACCGGGACUUUUAUAACUGCAGGAAGGUGGAUACUCACAUCCACGCAGCUGCCUGCAUGAACCAGAAGCACCUGCUGCGCUUUAUUAAGAAAUCUUACCAUAUUGAUGCUGACAGAGUGGUCUACAGCACCAAAGAGAAGAACCUGACCCUGAAGGAACUUUUUGCUCAAUUAAAUAUGCAUCCAUAUGACCUGACUGUUGACUCUCUGGAUGUUCAUGCUGGACGGCAGACGUUCCAACGCUUCGAUAAGUUCAAUGACAAAUACAAUCCGGUGGGUGCGAGUGAGCUUCGGGACCUCUACCUAAAAACAGACAACUACAUUAACGGAGAGUAUUUUGCCACUAUCAUCAAGGAGGUGGGUGCAGACCUGGUGGACGCCAAGUAUCAGCAUGCGGAGCCCCGCUUGUCCAUCUACGGUCGCAGUCCAGAUGAGUGGAGCAAACUCUCCUCUUGGUUUGUCGGCAACCGUAUUUAUUGCCCCAACAUGACAUGGAUGAUCCAAGUCCCCAGGAUCUAUGAUGUGUUCCGAUCCAAGAAUUUCCUGCCACACUUUGGAAAGAUGCUGGAGAAUAUUUUCCUUCCAGUGUUUGAGGCCACCAUCAACCCCCAGACUCAUCCAGACCUCAGUGUCUUCCUCAAGCAUAUCACUGGCUUUGACAGUGUGGAUGAUGAGUCCAAACACAGUGGUCACAUGUUUUCCUCCAAGAGUCCCAAACCUGAGGAGUGGACAAUGGAAAACAACCCGUCUUACACAUAUUAUGCCUACUACAUGUAUGCAAACAUCAUGGUGCUCAACUGCCUGAGAAAGGAACGAGGCAUGAAUACAUUUUUGUUUCGCCCCCAUUGUGGUGAGGCUGGGGCUCUCACUCACCUCAUGACAGCCUUUAUGAUAGCGGACAAUAUUUCGCACGGCCUGAACUUAAAGAAGAGUCCUGUGUUACAGUACCUAUUUUUCUUAGCCCAGAUCCCCAUUGCAAUGUCGCCAUUGAGUAACAACAGCCUGUUCCUCGAAUAUGCAAAAAACCCUUUCUUAGAUUUCCUCCAGAAAGGCCUCAUGAUCUCGCUGUCGACCGAUGACCCGAUGCAGUUCCAUUUCACCAAGGAGCCCCUGAUGGAAGAGUACGCCAUCGCAGCCCAGGUCUUCAAGCUGAGCACUUGUGACAUGUGUGAGGUGGCAAGGAACAGUGUCCUGCAGUGUGGAAUUUCUCAUGAGGAAAAAGCAAAGUUUCUGGGCAACAAUUACCUUGAGGAAGGUCCUGUUGGAAAUGACAUCCGAAGGACAAAUGUGGCUCAGAUUCGCAUGGCCUAUCGUUAUGAAACUUGGUGUUAUGAACUCAAUUUGAUUGCUGAGGGCCUUAAAUCAACAGAAUGAAUAAAGUAUGUGAACCGAAUAA